UGGUCCAGCGAUUCGUUUGUAGGCGGGAUUUGAAUCUUUUUGGCACUUUUUCAAAUAGAAAAGCAGUAGCAUGUUUUGAACAAAACACGCAUGUUUGAGUGGCGAAAGAGCAAUUCGACGUUGUCCACAUUUUGGCAUAACACACACUCACUCGAAAUUGAAUUUCACAGAGUCGACCUGAACGAAUCACAAAGUGAACCUGAAAACGAAAAUUCUGAGACCAAGUGAAAAUUUCAUUUUUUCGACUUGCAAAUCGUGUGUGUGUGUGUGUGUGUGUCAAUGUGCUCUAGUUUGUGUCUUUUGUGGGUCAUUAUGGUGGUGUGUUGAAUUGUUGAUGAUUUCAACCAAUUCAAUUAAAAAUUUUUUCACCUCAAAUCACUGAUCCGAUGGCGGUUGCUUCAUCGAUGCCCAUCAAAACGGAACCAUCCUCUUCAUCCUCCACUUUGUCAACAUCAACGACUUUGACAACAUCUACGUCCUGUUCAUCGACGACAUCUACACAAUUAUCACCACGUAAAUGGCCAUCAGCGGCUGAACGAAUCUCGUUGUGCGUCGGUUGUGGUUCGGAAAUCUACGACCAGUACAUCUUGCGGGUAUCACCCGAUCUUGAGUGGCAUGCAAGCUGUCUGAAAUGUGCCGAUUGUCAACAAUAUCUGGAUGAAUCGUGUACUUGUUUUGUGCGUGAUGGCAAAACGUACUGUAAACGAGAUUAUCUCAGGUUGUUUGGCGCCAAAUGCGCCAAAUGUUCACUGUGUUUCAGCAAGACGGAUCUGGUGAUGCGUGCUCGUAAUAAAAUCUAUCAUGUCGAAUGUUUUCGCUGCGCUGUUUGUGCACGACAAUUGACACGUGGCGACGAAUUUGUCCUGAAAUUCGACGACCUUUUCUGCAAAGCCGAUCACGAAGCUGCUGGACUUGGCUUCAACGGAGCCAACGACGUUGUGACCAUUUUGGGUGGCCAUCAUCCACCGUUAUCGCAUCAUCUCCAUCCACAUGGCCACUUUAUCGGUCCGCCGCAACUGCUACAUCAUCGCCAACCACCUUCAUUACAUCCUAAUCUGCAUCAUCAACCACCACCAGCACCACCGCCACCACCUCAACAACAGCAACAUGGUUUGUCCGCAUCGAAUCACUCAUUGUCAUCAUCAUCUUCAUCCUCAUCGUCCUCCUCUUCCUCAUCAUCAUCGUCGUCAUCGUCAACAUCAUCAUCAUUAACGCCUUUAACACCUGUGACACCGGAAUGUUUGAAAGAGAAUAAUGUCAGUGCUGCUAGCCAAUUGUUGGGUCUUGGUGCUCCAGGAUCACCGUCAAUUAAUAAUCCGGUGCAUCAUCAACAACAACCGUCGAUGCCUUUACAUCCGGCCGGUAUAAUACCCGGACCGGGUGGUGAUCUAAACGGCCACAUGAAUAGUAGCAAUAUAUCGCCAAGCGGUGGUGCCGGUGCACCUACACAUUUAUCCUCGUUAUCCGGUGCUCUUCACAUGGAUCCACCGCUGACAACAUCGCUGUCUAUAUCGUCAGGAUCAAUGACACCGCCGUCAUCAUCAGUGAUACCGCAGCCGCCACCACCACCACCACCACCUCUACAGCCAUCGAACCAAUUGAAUAGUGUAAAUCAAUCAAACUCAAACAAUAACAACAACAACAACAACAACUCAUCAUCAACAAAUUCUUCAUCGACAAAUUCAAGUGGUCAACAUCAUCAUCAUCAUCAUCACCAUCAUCGAUCCUCAUCAUCGCAUCGAUCAUCAUCAAUGUCACAUCACCAUAAUUCGAAUAAGAAUCCUGAUCACAAACCAACACGUGUUCGUACUGUUCUCAACGAAAAGCAACUGCACACACUACGUUCAUGUUAUAAUGCCAAUCCACGUCCGGAUGCAUUGAUGAAGGAGCAAUUGGUCGAGAUGACUGGCCUUUCUCCACGGGUCAUACGUGUAUGGUUUCAAAAUAAACGAUGUAAAGACAAAAAACGCAGCAUCCUAAUGAAACAGAUGCAACAACAGGAAAAGGAUGGUCGACAACUCAACAUUGGACAGAUGCGUGGUGUGCCAUUGAUAGCGACAUCACCUGUACGACACGAAAGUCCAGUUCAGAUGACACCGAUUGAUGUACAUAGCUAUCAACCACCGUGGAAAGCGUUGGCCGAUUAUGCAUCAAUGCAACCCGAUAUUGACCCGAAUGCUGCACAAUUUCAACAUCUUGUAUCACAGAUGCACGGAUAUAGUGAUGGGAAUGGCGGCAUGAAUGCAUCGAGCGAUACAUGUCUAUCAUCACUCGGUCAUGGUAGCGGCGGUAAUGGCGCCAAUGGACCUUGCACACCCAUGUCCUAUUUAGCCGAACAAGAUAUUCAUCAGCCUCCUAGCAACAUGUCAUCCGAUCUGUCCAGUCCAUGCACCAGUGACUAGUUUAUUGGACUAGUUUAGUGGUUCUGUGUAAAUAAGUCAUGCCGUGGCGACGAUUGUGAAAUGAUGAAUCCUACAAUCUCCACUCCAAUCCACACACUUUUUUAUCGGAUCAAACCAGGAGAUUUACAAACACACACACACACGAGACAUCGUUAUUGAAUUGAUGCCCAUUAUAUACACACCUAUUGAAUUACUUUGAUUGUCAAAACUUUGUUUCUCUUGUACAUCAUCAUCAUCAUCAUCAUCAUCAUUAUCAAUGAUUAACGUCCAGGUAAAUGUCAUUGAAUAGCGACUACAAUGACACCGACACACACACACACACACACAAAACAAAAUUUCUGGUUCCUUCGGUUCGUUCGUUUGUUUGUUUUCAUUCUCCCCAUUUCUAUAUACACAUAACAGUGAUCCAAAUUUCAAACAUGAAUACAGCGAAAACUCUUAUAUUGAUUAAUGAAAUGAAUAAAAAUGAAUUUUUCGAUCAAACAGUCGCAAGUUG